AUGAACCGCUCAGAGGCUCAAACUUCAAACGCCACCGGACGGCACAAAAAGAAGAUGCCUCGCAACGAGUCACAGUCGCGGACGGUGUUAGGAGCGCGGUGUUCGGCGCGACGGCGCUGCGGGCCGCGGGCGCCGGGCGAGUGGCGCGCGCGCUGCGGCGCCGCUCUCGGUUGCGCCACACUGGAAAGUAAAAGUGAGCGGCGCGGGGCGCGGCGGCACAUUUCUCCCACUUUCGCUGCCGUGAUUCAUUCCUCGUUCGGCGUCAAGGUCGCUUCCCGCAACUCCCGCGCCACGCGCAGCUCGCUCCUCCCGUUCCGAUCACGUUCCGCGGCCGCCGCGCAGCCGCUGGAGGUGACGUAG